AUAUAUAUAUAUAAACCUUUCGAGUCGAGCAGAGUAAAUUAAGGAUCAUUCAUAUUGUUUUCGAGAGCUUAGAAGUUGUGGAGAGAAAGAAAAAGAGAAAUGGCAGAGGCAAAUAUCAGCAGGUGGUCUCUUCAGGGCAAGACUGCUCUUGUUACUGGUGGAACCAGAGGAAUCGGUUAUGCUAUUGUGGAGGAGUUGGCACAACUAGGAGCUGCCGUACAUACUUGUUCUAGGACUGAAUCUGAGCUUAAUGAAUGCUUACAACAAUGGGUUGCGAAGGGGUUUCAAGUCACUGGUUCAGUUUGUGACAUGGCGUCCCCUACACAAAGACAAGACAUGAUUACUAAAGUGUCCUCUAUGUUUCAUGGAAAACUCAAUAUCCUUGUAAACAAUGUGGGCACAAAUAUAAGGAAACAAACUCACGAAUAUACACUGGAAGAUUUCUCAUUUUUGAUCAGUACAAAUCUAGAGUCUGCAUACCACAUGAGCCAACUCGCAUAUCCUCUUUUAAAAACUUCAAAAGAUGCAAGCAUUGUUUUCAUAUCCUCCAUUUCUGGUGUGUCAGCUUUAAGAGAUUGUUCAAUAUAUGGUGCAACAAAAGGAGCAAUGAACCAAUUGACUAGGAACUUGGCAUGUGAGUGGGCAAAAGACAAUAUAAAGAUCAAUUGUGUUGCACCAGGUCCCAUUAAGACACCUCGUGCCAAUCAAGUUCUAGAAGAUAAAACGCUUCUUGAAGAUUUCACGAGAGGAAUCCCUAUGCAACGAAUUGGGGAGCCAAAUGAGGUGUCUUCCAUGGUAGCAUUCUUGUGCUUACCAGCAGCCUCCUACAUAACAGGACAAACUAUUUGUGUUGAUGGAGGAUUCACAGUCUUUGGUUUGUGAAUUUUAAGCCAUCUUGCAAAUAACAAUAAUAAGUUUUAUUCCACUAAAUAAGAUUGGCUACAAAUUACACAAUGCCAUUGUAUUAUAAGGAUCAACAACAAAAUGUUUGUAUAUUGUCAACUAAAAUGCUUUGAUAUAAUUUUAAGAGUGUCAUGCUUCACAUAUGAGAGUUUAGGAUACCAAGUGUUUCUCCCAUGGGCGAAGCUACGUGUAGUUGAGACUUGGGAAAAAUGAUAUGUAUAAGAUAUGAGUUUUUAUA